AUGGAUUAUGACCUUUUGAUAAGCCUUAUACCUGGAAACAUUCAAGGUCCCUUGGAACUGGUGGAAGCUUUAGAGAAUGGAGGGUGUCCCACAGCAGGAUGUAAAGGAGUUGGGCAUGUUAAAAGAGCAAGACAUAUCGGCCAUCAUAGUGCGGUCAGCUGCCCGUAUUCAGAGAUGAACUUGAACAAAGAAAGCCUCUUACCUGACCGGUUGAGUGGGGAGAUGCCUGCAGCCAGUCCUGUCCCCAGAAACAGAAAAGUGGAAGCAAGUGAAAGAUCCACCUCUCCUGUAAUCAAUGACAGAAAAUGCCCCAGCCCUGGUCACGUAGGUAUGAAAUCUUCAGCUCACAAUAGAUCAUCUGGGAAAACUCUACCAGAAACAACUAAGCAGGAAGAUGCAGAAAGUAAAUCUCCUUGCAAGAAGCCCCCGUUGUGCGAUAUGAAAGAAAAGAAGGCACCUGGUGGAGCACUACAGACAAAGGACCCCAUAAAGAGCAAAGAGUGUGAGGAAGAGGAGACAGAAAAUAAGCUGCUCAUUUCAAGUGAAAUUAAAGAUAUUGAAGAACCCAACACGCAGAGGCUUCUUUCUCAACCAGUUAUUGUGUCUUCCAAGUUGCAAAUCCCUGGCCUACCAUUGCGCUGGGAACAGCAGAGCAAGCUCCUUCCAAGUGUAGCUGGGAUCCCAGCCAGUAAAGUUUCUAAGUGGAGUACAGAUGAGGUCUCUGAAUUUAUACGGAGUUUACCAGGAUGUGAAGAACAUGGCAAAGUGUUUAAGGACGAGCAAAUUGAUGGAGAAGCAUUUCUGCUAAUGACCCAGUCAGACAUAGUGAAAAUAAUGAGCAUUAAACUGGGACCAGCCCUAAAAAUCUUUAAUUCCAUUCUGAUGUUCAAAGCUGCAGAGAAAAACUCACACAAUGAACUUUGAGGAUAAUGGAAAAUGUGUACAAGCCAGAUUUCUCCACUGGAGCUCAUGUUUUAUUCAAAGCACAAAGACUUGCUAGAACUGUUGAGUAAGAAAGGAAAAAAAGUAAAUUCAGCACUGGUGGACUAUUUAUAUUCUCCUAGAGCCAGUACACAUCUGAAUCCUUCUGGGAAGUGUUCAAGCUUUUGAGAAGGUACUGUGUAACAACCGAGUCAGCUAGUCUUAUUUACCAAACUAAUGGCGCUAAUUCUCCAUGGAUGGUUGGGAUCCCUAACUUUCUCUGGACAUCAAGAAAACUUCAUUAAUUAUUUAUGCUGUAUUAUAUAAGGGAACGUUAAUAUUUUCUAAGAAUUCUUAAAUUCUACUUCAUGUACUCAUUUUACUUUACAGAAGCUUUUACUUCAUACUAUCAAAAUAAAAACUGAUUAGCCAAAAAUUAGGCUACAGGUAGCCAGAUGAGACUGUUAUGGCUAAUAGGUAUUUGUGCCAUAGUUUAAAUAUGAAACACUUAAUGUUACAUACGUGACACUUUAUGCUACAGCAUAUAACUUUACAGAUUAUAAAACUGUUUGUUUGCUUGUAACAAAA